AUGUCAACUAAUGCUUUUUUGACAGGCUUGAGGUCUACUUGUUCUGCAGGAAGGAUCGGUUAUGAACUUCCCGAACUGUUAAAAAAGGAUCAAUAUUACAGUACAUGCUUUCGAUCGUGGUCCGUACCGUUUAUUGAUACUAUUUCUACGAAUCGUGAAAUUUAUCAAUAUGUUACGAAGGCUGGCAUUUUGGGAUUUGUUAUACGAAUCGUUAAACAGACCAAGAGU